AUGGAUCUGCCCGUGGGCCCCGGCGCGCCAGGGCCCAGCAACGUCCCGGCCUUCCUGACCAAGCUCUGGACCCUCGUGAGCGACCCGGACACCGAUGCGCUCAUCUGCUGGAGCCCGAGCGGGAACAGCUUCCACGUGUUUGACCAGGGCCAGUUCGCCAAGGAGGUGCUGCCAAAGUACUUCAAGCACAACAACAUGGCCAGCUUCGUGCGGCAGCUGAACAUGUACGGCUUCCGGAAAGUGGUCCACAUCGAGCAGGGUGGCCUGGUCAAGCCCGAGAAGGACGACACCGAGUUCCAGCACCCGUGCUUCCUUCGCGGCCGGGAGCAGCUCCUGGAGAACAUCAAGAGGAAAGUGACCAGUGUGUCCACCCUCAAGAACGAAGACAUAAAGAUUCGCCAGGACAGUGUCACCAAGCUGCUGAGUGAUGUGCAGCUGAUGAAGGGAAAGCAGGAGAGCAUGGACUCCAAGCUGCUGGCCAUGAAGCAUGAAAACGAGGCUCUGUGGAGGGAGGUGGCCAGCCUGCGGCAGAAGCAUGCCCAGCAGCAGAAAGUCGUCAACAAGCUUAUCCAGUUCCUCAUCUCCCUGGUGCAGUCAAACCGGAUCCUGGGGGUGAAGAGAAAGAUCCCCCUGAUGCUGAGCGACAGCGGCUCGGCCCACCCCAUGCCCAAGUACGGCCGGCAGUACUCUCUGGAGCACGUGCACGGCACGGCCCCGUUCACAGCCUCGUCCCCCACCUACAGCAGCUCCAGCCUCUUCUCCCCAGAUGCCAUGGCUGGCUCCGGCCCCAUCAUCUCCGACAUCACCGAGCUCGCCCCAGCCAGCCCCUCAGCCUCCUCAGGCGGAAGCAUUGAUGAGAGGCCCCUGUCAAGCAGCCCCCGGGUAUGCGUCAAGGAGGAGCCUCCCAGCCCCCCUCAGAGUCCCCAUGUGGAGGAGGUGAGCCCUGAGCAGCCUUCCUCUGAGGGGGAGACACCCCUGUCCCCGACCGCCCUCAUCGACUCCAUCCUGCGGGAAAGUGAGCCCGCCACCGCCCCCUCGGCCACCCAGCCCACGCACGAUGGGGACCCCACACCCCUGCCUGCCUCAGCCCCAGAGAAGUGCCUCAGCGUGGCCUGCCUGGACAAGAACGAGCUCAGUGACCACCUGGAUGCCAUGGACUCCAACCUGGACAACCUGCAGACCAUGCUGACCAGCCACGGCUUCAGUGUGGACACCAGCGCCUUGAUGGACCUGUUCAGCCCCUCUGUGACUGUGCCGGACAUGAGCUUGCCCGACUUGGACAGCAGCCUGGCCAGUAUCCAGGAACUCCUCACGCCCCAGGAGCCGCCCAGGCCCCUCGAGGAGGAGAGCAGUGGGCCAGACUCAGGGAAGCAGCUGGUACAUUACACAGCACAGCCCCUGUUCCUGGUGGACCCUGGGCCAGUGGACAUGGGGGGCAGCGACCUCCCCGUGCUCUUCGAGCUGGGGGAAGGCUCCUAUUUCUCCGAGGGGGAUGACUACGCCGAGGACCCCACCAUCUCCCUGCUGACAGGCUCUGAGCCCCCCAAAGCCAAGGACCCUACUGUCUCCUAG